GCAAUUGCUCAAAUAUACUUAAGUAUCAAACGUAAUAGUAUAAAUCCUUUCAAAUUCCUUAUAUUAAGCCAACCAGAUAGCACAAUUUUCUUUGUUUUUUUUAAUUUAUGGAUAGCCAGGAGCAUGCUCCAACACUCAGACAUCAUUUACAAAUGAAGCAUUCGUGUUUCGUGAGUCUGCUAGAUGAGGCAGUAGCAAUGACCAGGGAUUUUCUCUUGAUUGGUGCUUGAAUUGGACCAGGUUUCUGUCCUGCUAAGCAUAAAAAAUGUAGUACUUUUGGGUGUCAGGGAAAAUGUAUGGAGUAAAAAGUAAAUUUUCUUUAGGAAUGUAGUAAAGUAAAAGUAGUCAAAAAUAUAAAUAAACCACAGAUACCCCAAAAAACUACUUAUGUAGUACUUUAAAGUAUUUUUACACCACUGGUAUUUUUCAAUAAGAUCAUCUUUGAGAACUAACAAUCACCAAAAUAAAAACUGGACAGUCAGGGAGAAUCUAAAAUUCCCCAAAUAUGUGGACAACCACCAUUGAUUUUGUUAUAUUGUUUGAGUCACUGAGAUCGCAUAAGAACAUGAUAAAAGCCAUGGCAAAAUGAGUAGAGUUGCAGGAAAUGAGCUUUUUUUAAAAAAAUAUCUUCUCCCCAUGACACGUUUUGUGAAAGUAGUGCGUACAGGGAUGCUAGCUAAUUAGCUCACUAUCACUACCUGAGUGACGCUAGCUAGCUAGCCAAGUGAGCGCGUGAAAUAACAAUUGCUGACUUGGUGUCUAAACCAAGUAACUUGAGGUAGAAACGCAUUGCUAGUUUGAACUUUUCCAGGGGAAUGUAAAAUGGAUGUUGUUUCAAUGAUGGGUGUCUUGUUUUGCACGCUUUGUACAAAAUAAUAAAAUGCAGUACUACAGGAUAUUUCUUAACGUCGCUCUUUAUUAGCUAGCUAUAACUGGCAUGUUCACAUAUCGUCAACCAAUGAUCAAACUGACCAUGACCUAACCAUUUGGGUGGUCUUAACCAAUCAUAGCACAGUAUGAUAUGGCGGUAAAAUGCAUCCAAUUACAAUUCAGUAUGUUUACACAUAUGAACAUUACAUCCCCCUUUUAAAACAAAAUAAAAAUGUUUACAUAUUCUAAGUGUUUCAUUUGAAUACAUGCUCUGUAGUUUGAACUCAAGGUAAGUAACCAUUUAUAUUGCAUACUAUACCAACUGAAUCAACAUAGACUCUGAAACAAUAAUCCAACAUACUGUUACUUUUCAAACAAGGGAUUCUCAGCAACUCAGCUUUCACUGUAGAAAUUACAUCUUAACAUUUCAAACAAAUACAAUACCAAAGCAUUUCAAGUGAACUUUCAAAAACAAGUUAGUCUGGAACUCUUUUAGGGCAGCGAUCCGCCUACACCCUUUGACAUUUCACAGGUCUAGGACAACUCUGGGCUUGACCUCUCUUCCUGACCUUGUGCAAUAUGAUGCUGAGCAUGCUUCUGUGUCAGUCAACAGUUCUUGUGGUGUUGCAGGUAAGUGUGUGUGUGUGUGUGUGUGUGUUUAGUCCAUCACAUUCUCUUUCAGUGGAACAGUUCAUCUCAUCAGUGUGUUGUUCUCUUGUGUUCAGUAGGUGACAACGAUUGCGGCGGUACACCGCUCCUUCUGCGGUGCGGACGUGAAAUGAACGUUCAAUGUCAGCUGGCUGGAUGACGACUGCUGGCUUCCAGAGGCCAUGCUCUUGGAUUCUAACUGACUCUCCGUCGAUCAGUGGUGGCAGUGGUCUAGCUGACCUGUCGUAGUAUCGCUUUUGUUGUUGUUGCCUCUGUGCACGUUUUCCACGCAUUUCCUUGUAGCUGACGACCUCAGGUUGCAGCUGCUGGUUGGUGCUGGGAAGGAUUGAGCGAAGUCUACAGCUCAUCAACAGCUGGGCUGGUGAUUUGAAGUUGUCAACUGGAGCGUUGCGGUAUUCAAGGAGACUGAGGUAGGGGUCUCUCUUGUCUGCUUUUGCUUUAUCCAUGAGGGAUUUAGCAAUCUGCACAGAUUUUUCAGCAAGGCCAUUACUUUGAGGGUAAUGUGGGCUUGUAGUGACAGGGAUACAGUGAGGUAACAUUGGCUCUUUGGUGUUUGAGGGGCGUCGUUCAAGACAUAUUUACCAACAAUGUCCUCUAUUUGUUUGCACAUUCCGGGCCAAAACAAAAUGUUCCGUGCUCUCUGUUUGCACUUUUCCAUGCCCAUGUGUCCAGCAUGGAUCUUUGUCAAAAUCUCUUCUCAGAGACUGGUAGGAAUAAUGAUUUUCUCUCCUUUGAAAAUUAUUCCGUUGAUCUGUGAUAGUUCAUCACGAUGGUUCCAGAAUUCUGAGACGCUCUGAGGGUAUUUUCUCCUCUCCUCAGGCCAUCCAUCCUGUAUGACUUUCCUCAGCUGUGCAAGUUGUGAGUCCUUUUCUGUUUCUGCUUGGAUCUCCUUCAGUUUUGUGUCACUAACUGGUAAGAAACUUGAUGGAGAGCGUGUCUGCGACAGGGAUGUCUUUGCCUGGACGAAGCUGGCAGCCGAGUGCCAGAGCGCGGGCUACAGCGGCACGCUGAUCCCCUAUAAGUGUGACCUGUCCUGUGAGGAGGACAUCCUGUCCAUGUUCUCUGCCAUCAAGACACUGCACCAGGGGGUGGAUGUGUGUAUCAACAACGCAGGCCUAGCCCACAACGAACCUCUGCUCAGUGGCAAGACCGACGGCUGGAGGAACAUGAUCGAUGUGAAUGUCCUGGCCCUGUCUAUUUGUACCCGCGAGGCCUACCAGUCAAUGAAAGAGCGGAAUGUGGACGAUGGCCACAUCAUCAAUAUUAACAGUAUGGGGGGACAUAGAAUGGUACCUAGUGCAGAUGAACACUUCUACUGUGCCACUAAAUAUGCUGUUACUGCUCUAACCGAGGGGCUACGGCAAGAGCUGCGGGAAGCAAAGACUCACAUCAGAGCCACGUGUAUAUCCCCUGGAAUAGUGGAGACUGAGUUUGCCUUCCGGCACCACAACAGUGAUCCAGAGAAAGCAGCUGCUGUGUAUGAGAGUAUAAAAUGUUUGAAAGCACAAGACAUAGCCAGUGCAGUCACAUACGUUCUGGGCACCCCGCCUCACGUCCAGAUCGGAGAAGUGCAGAUGAGGCCGGUGGAACAGGUGUCAUAGCAACCGAGCAGGAAGGAAUCGGCUGAAGGAGCAGAUAGAGCCAUGGUGACGACUCCUUAGCGACCCCUGCCGGGCAACGACGAAAACAAACUAGUAUUCAACUGGAUUUGGAGUGAAGGGAUCUGUUUGUGGAGGUGGCUGUGUGUGUGUGGGGGGGGGGGGGAUCUCUGGAGAGGAGGAGAGGUAGGUACUCUUAACCACUACUGAAUUACUAUGAGUGCUGCAACAUGGUCUUUGGUGUAUUGCUCUUAAGCCACUGCAAACUUAGGAGAGGAGGGUUGUUGCUCCUGUGGUCAUAUAUUCUACCUGACCAUCCUGACAGAGGGAAGAGUAUGCCAUCAAUUGCACAUGAAUGUUUUUUUUGUUUUUGUGAGUCAUAAUACAUAUCUGUUUAAAAUGAUGGAAGACAACACUGCUGUUCAUAAAAUUAUGAUAAUUAUAUAUCUUUUUUUUGUAUAGGUAUUUUAACUUUGAUUAUUGGUAGAUGUGGCUGAUAUACUGUACUCCCUAACCAUAGAUGCUCAAUCCAUUUCUACGGUCUUAUGUUUUUAAUAACAAGCAGAUUUGGUUAUCCUGGUAUUAAGUCUGCUCGUAUGUUUUUCAAAACCCAUGUCAACCAUCACUAAUCAGAAAAUGUCUAUAAGGGACAUUCAAGCAUGAUUACGCAACCCCAUCACUUUGGAGCAAGUGUAUUUCCCCACUCCCAUAUGAUUUAAAUUGUUUUGCACUUUGGAUCCAUUUGGAGGAGUAUAAAGAAAACACUGUCAUCUUGUGUAGAGGAAGUAACUGACUUGUAUACUCUCCCCAAGUGUGUACUUGUAUGAUAUAGUAGAUGUUUAUCAAUAAAAAUGAUUUAGGAAUUGUCAAA